UCCACACUAGCGGAUGGCCGAGUUGGCAACGGUGGUGACCAAGUAUAGGGACUCGUUUGUUGUCUAGGAAAAAUCGAGACACAAUUAAAACGUCGAAACCGUCAACCUACUACAAUUAAUUAAGUAGUAGACUGCGCGCUUUCACAGGCACACUCUAGAUGUAGUACAGGAUACCGGAACCCUAUACAAGGGUGGGCGUGGUACUCUAUAGCAGGUCACAUUUGUUAUUUGCAUGACGUUGCACAGCUCACCAAGUAAACAGACAUGCACGUCCAUCGUUUUCUACAACGCCUUCUGAACUUUAGUAGAAGUCAACUAGCUAACGUAGAACAGUGUGCGACUACAACUGAAAGAACAUGGUCAUAGCUAGUCAGCUACAGCUCAGCUAGAGCUAGGUAUAAGUAGACUACUAUGUCAAUGCUAGGUAUAGCUAUUGGAGUCAAUAGUGCUAGACAAUGAUUGUAGGACAAGUUCUACCGUGUCACUCGAUGAUCUCUGGGCUGUCAUUGUCGGCGCGUACGUUCACAUCGGUCGGUAGUCGUCAAUCGUUAGUAAAAUCGUUGCAGUGUUCGUGUGGAGACGAUGAGCAGGCAACGACGGUUAAGCGGACCAUCCGACAUGGUGACCAUUUUUCGAGGAACGCAAGAGCUGUCAAUGAAAUUGUCGGACGUGAGCAGUUUGCGACUGUCUCGAGUUUUCAAGGUAGAAGUCAUUUACCUGAAAAGAGAGGAUGGAAACGAGGCGGCAAUAUUUCCCCAGACUGGAGGUCGAUUCGACGGACUCUCGGCUAGUCAUCGCUAUCAACUCUAUGGCGACCCGCUCUUGGAAGAGUCGACUGUGUCCGAUGCCUCGUCGUUUUCGCACAAUCGUCGCCUACAGCUGCAGCCAGUUGUAGGUGUAACCAGUGAAGCAAGUCGCCAUACUGCUAGGACCGCAACAGCUCCAGCACCCGGAACGUUAUGGACGCCGGCCCCGUCUUCCUCUUGGUCUGCGUUUAGAUCGGUAGCGCCGAGCAGCAAGAAAGCGCGGUUGCAAUCUGCAGUCAGAGAAAUCAAGAAGAGUGUUGACCUGUGGUCUAUGGAAGUCGUUCGAAACAAGCUGCAGCUAGCCGAAGUACGUUCGCAGACGUGCGUUCGCUUUGCCGAAAGUGACGUCAGCCUACUACAUAUUACUGACUUAGUUCAGAGUCACUUCGAAGCCGAAGGUGGUGUUCCGUGUGACGACCGAAUUAUCCUAGUGGACAACCGCGGCGUACCGUUUGGAGAUGUCGGCGGAACAAGAGACGUAGACUUUUGGAAGGCACCGUCUCGAAGAAUGUGUGCGGUACUCCAGUCACACUAUGACUCAUUGAUUUGCUACCUCGGUUCUAUACGAGAGACGGCAACGAUCAAAAGAAAACGAGCUUCAUCGGCCACCGCCUCUUCAAAAGCGUUUGGUUACGGCCAGCUGCAGUCUUUGAGCUCGAGCACUCAUGCCUCAUCUCCGGAUAUGGAUAUCCUUUUCAAGAUCGACGGCGAAGUAGAAAACGUGCGAACUCAUCUCGGCCGCCUGAAGUCCAGCUUCGAACGAGCACACGAACGACUCGAGAACGUCGAAGACAAGAUGGAGCAAGUGACUUGCCAUUGGUUGCCAUUGAAACGACGCACUAAUCGAAAGCAGCGACAAUAGCAGCAAGAAUAAUGCGUUGCAAGAUUUGCCACCUGCUCAGCAGAAGUCCGAUAACAGUGUCUAUUUGCUGCCGACAAUGGCUCGGCUGCGAACGUUGCACUUCUCAAUGCGUGCGUUGCCCACUUUGCAACGCUACUUGGUCAGACGACAAGCGUCCACUGUCUCUUCGCGGUUUCGACAACAUAAAAGAGCUCAGAAAAGAAAUGGGAAAUGAACUUGGUAGCGACGUAGCUCACGACGACAGCUCGUCGGACACGGAGCUACCAAUUGUGUUUCCAUCUGCCACAACCCAAGGUGCCAGUGCCUCCUCGUCACGCAGCUUGACUGCAGAUGUGAACGUACGCGCCGACAAUGAGAGCCCAGAGAUCAUCGAAUGACACGGUAGAACUUGAUCUACUAUCAUUGUCUAGCACUAUUGACUCUAGUAGCUAUACCUAGCAUUGACAUAGUAGUCUACUUAGUAACUAGCUCUAGCUGUACGUAGCUGACUAGCUACGACCAUGUUCUUUCAGUUGUAGCCGCACACUGUUCUACGUUAGCUAGUUGAGUUAAUUAAUUAAGUUGAGUUGAGCAAAUAGAGUUCAGUUGAGUUGACUUCA